AUGGGCCAGAGAACGUCUACACCAUUUAGCCGGCCAAAUAGAGCGCCCCAUGAGAUUCUGGGCGUCUCAGAAUCAGCGACCAAAGAAGAGCUUAAAAAGGCGUAUCGAAAGCUAGCAUUAGAGUUCCAUCCGGAUUCAGCAACUGCUCGAGCUCGGGGCACACCCCCCGAACGGUUUACUGAGAUAAAGGAUGCUUACGACACUCUUUGUAACCGCCUUGAUAGUCCAGUCAAAACAGCAGCUGCAUAUUCCUCGACCCAAAAUAAGUACGAGCCAGAGAUAGAUCUAGCUAAGUGGCUCGAUAUGGCUAAAAAACUGACUAAGAUAGGAGAUGGCGAUUUUGCCCACAUAAACAAUUUCUUUGAUGAGCUAACUAAGAUCGAGCGGAUUACUAGAGGUAAAACAUACCACCCGCCUUCUUUUGGUUAUGCUAAAGGCUCCCCUAAAGGAUUCUAUGAUUUCUAUGCUUCCUUCUCAACGCUAAGGCACUUUAACUUAACGCCAUACGGUGUGACUUCUUACUACGAUACUCUGCCCCGACAUGCCAAGCGAGAGAUCGAUGCAGAGCUUAAACGGUUAAUUGGCGCCAAACGAAUAGCGUAUGCUGGUAAAGUCAAAGAGAUCGUUCGGGUUCUUCAGAAGAAAGAUCCUCGUUUAGCCCCGCCGCCUAAACCACUCUUUGAUAUCGGUAUAGUUAAGCCCAAGAUUACUAAAAAGGGCGUUGAGCUCAAAGAAAGCCAUGUGCUUACCAAGGAAGAGUUGGCUGCAUUAGAAAAGGGGUACAAAGAAGCCAACCCGGCCUUUGGUGCAGAUAAGAAGGAUGCAUACACUAAAGCCAAAGAAAAGGCCCAACUAGGCAGUGAUACGGACAUCUUUAUUUGUGAACCCUGUAAAAAGGCCUUCAAAAGCAUCAAUCAGCUAACUAAUCAUGCAAACUCCAAGAAACAUAAAGACAAACUUGCCAGUAUGUCCGAAGAGGAGAUUGCUGCUCUUAUUCAUGCCAUGGAGAUUCAAAACCUUGAAGGCGAACUUCCACCGCCGCCACCGCCCAAGCCGACUCCACCGCCUACAACUAAGCCAAUAAGUCCUUCAAUACCGGUUGAUACAGCGACUGAAUCGGCUUCGGUAACUCCAGGAGUACCUUUGGCUCCAGUCGAACCAACUAAGCCAAUUCCAUCUAAAUCCACCAAGACUGUUAAAUCAGCCAAGCCAGCCAAGUCAAUUCCGACUAAACCAACUCGUCCAGCAGUAAGCAAACCAUCAAAAGUAGAUCUUCGUUCUGGAGCAGCCUUUGCCCUCUCAUGUGCCAAGUGUAAAAAGGUCUUUGAAUCGCGAAACCAGCUAUUCGCGCACCUUAAAGAGAGCAACCAUGGCCAAGCAAUCAUUUAG